AUGUUUGUUUACUUGGGAACUAGCGAGGAUUCUUGGGCUGUUGGGAAUGAUUACUUUUCCGUGGCCAAGAACUUACCUGGUCCUCUUCAGCAGAUAUGGGAUCGUCUAGGGAAUGCAUGUGGCCAUGCUAACAAGGUCGGUACCUUGAUAUCAUGGGUCUCGACGGCGCCUGAUGGGACCUAUGCGAUUAUGACCAAGGGAGGCGAGCUUCUAUCAAAUCGCCAAGAUUUACUCGCAGCAGCUCAACCUGCAACGUCAGUCGAACACAUCACUUUUUCCCCUCUAGGCGGCUGGUUCCUCCGCUUCAACGACGGAACUGUCCAGGUAUCUCACUCAAGCGGCUUCUCCAACACCUUCCAGCGUCUCGUCUUGCAAUAUCUCGACCUGAGCUGUCAAACACGGCAGUAUUCGCCAAUCCGUGAUGUUUUCUUUGGAGCUCAAGAAGCUGUCAUUGUCCGGACUGAUCGAGAAUUGUUAUCUGCUAUGUUGUCGCAGUCGUUGCAGACGAGUUUGCAGGCUUUGACGAAUGGGGAGUUGAAGAAUGCUGGGUUUGUGUUGGGGAGGAAUACUGUUCUCUGCCCUUGCAAUCCUGAUCAGUAUUUCCUCGAAGCGGUUUCAGGAACACGGUCGAAGCAUUUGUAUCAGAUGUUGGCUACUAAACUUCCUGAUCAGCUGGUGGUCAUGGCCAUGGAGAAGCAGUCGCCGUCUGAUGAUGUGCUCAACUCGUUUAUUCACGGGCCAUUCAGCAACAGAUUGUCUGUUUCGAGCUCGCCUCAGUCUCAACAUCGACCGAGUUCCUUUUCUGGACUUUCUCCCCCGCCGGCUAAUGAUCGUUCAAAUCAUCGACGUACCAUUUCUUACACUGCGCCUCCAGACAAUACACGAUGGAACGGCGUCCAACAAGCUACCUAUCCCCAGGCAUCUACUCAAGAGAUUCCUCCAGCAGCAAGACAACGCUACGAGGCAAUAUUUGCCAACGAAGCUCGUGGCAAACCCUACCUCAACGGCAUGGAAGCAGCGGGGGUAUUCAUGACGAGCGGGCUAUCCAGGACGGAUCUUGCAGGUAUUUGGGAUGAAGCAGACCGAGAUCGGAAUGGGCAGUUUGAUAGGGAAGAGUUUGUGCAGGCCAUGUGGAGGAUCGAGUUGCAGACUGGAAGAGUUUCGCCUCCACUGCCACCUAGGCCGUGGAAUGGACAAGCUCCUAUGCCGUUGCAGCAAUAUCAGCCUCCUCCUGCAGCUCCGGCUUACAACUAUCCUCCAGCUGCGCCCUACCAACCACUCCCCCCAGUCCAACAGCCCUCAUACGUCCAGCCGAGCCAACCCCAAGGUCUCCAAACCAUCGAAAUCCUUGUCGCGAUCCGCUGCAAAACCUGUGGCAAAGGCCUCGCCCCCUCAGACACAGUCUACCGCUCCGCAACACAACACACCAUCGACUACUUCUGCCCAACAUGCCACCGUCCUCCCACAGCGACGCAGGUCCUCCUCGCAGCAGGCAAAGAUCUCCCGCAGCGUAAACGCUCGUCGAUGGGCUGCAGCGGGUGCUGGAAGGACAUCAAGAAAGGCAAGAUGGUAUGGCACUGCAAUAAAUGCUGGGAUAAAGAUCUAUGUCAGAAGUGUUGGGGGAAGACCAAGAAGCAGUGCAAACAUGCUGCUACAGGGCAGGUCGCCAUGAUGAGGGUUGGGAAGGGGGGUUCCGGUGAUGAAGACGAUGAUGAGCUUAUCGCGGAUGUUAUUGAUGGAGUUGUAAGUAUUGCCACGGGAGGGUUGUAG